AUGAAGCCGCUGAUCCAAUUUGAACAGGUCGACGUUGUCAUUAACAAUGUCAUGGCAACAUCCAUCACGCCGGACCUCAGCACAUAUUUAUUCAAAGACGCGGCCCAUUACCAUCCAUACUGUGGCAUUAACUGGUCCAACCUGACGAGCGAACAACAAUGCUGGCUAGGAGAUACUGUCGUUCCCUUGCCCGAUAUCAACACCGAGAACGCAGACGUGGUCUCCCGAUAUCAAAGCUGGAUUGCCAAUCUCGUACAGACCUAUUCCAUUGAUGGCCUCCGGAUAGAUGCUGCCAAGCACAUUCGCAAAGACUUUUGGCCCGCUUUCGUCAAGAGUGCUGGUGUGUUUGCGAUGGGAGAAAUUGACGAUGUCGAUGUCCCGAGCGUGUCGAUGUAUCAAGGGACUGAUGCUCUUCCUUCGGUACUCAAUUAUCCAACAUAUCACGCUCUUGUAUCCGCAUUUGCUCUGCCAGGCCCACAGAACAUGAGCGCUCUAGUGGACAUUCUCAACCAAUCCAAUGCUCAAUACACGGUCAGGCUGAUCUGCUCCAGACUGGGAAAUUUCCUAGAGAAUCAAGACAACCCGCGCUGGGGUAACUUGUCUGUUGAUCCUCAGAGUCUCUACAAUGCAAUGACGUACACGUUCCUCUCCGAUGGCAUCCCCAUUGUCUACUAUGGGCAAGAACAAGGCUUUCACGGCAACUCAGAUCCUUACAAUCGCGAGCCGUUGUGGCCGUCAAAUUAUACCAAUACCACGGCACUGCAGCUUAUUACGUCGCUCAAUCAGAUGCGGAAUUACUUGGUCAACACUUCAGACUGGGCGACUCAGAAGAUGAAUGUGCUUGCCUCGGAUAGCAACGGCAUCGCCUUCCAGAAAGGGCAUGCUGUUGUGAUUUUGACGAAUAUUGGGAGCCCCUCUCAGAAUCUGACGAACAUAGCCUUCAAGUCUCCGUGGCCUCCAGGAACUGUGGCAAUCGACAUCGUUGCAUGCCGGCAGUUUGUGGCAGCUUCUCAAGGUUACAUUGGGGUCGAGUACACCAAAGGAGGGGUCCCCGUGGUCCUAGGCACAGCAGAUGUAGUCAAGAAAACCGGUCUGUGCCAGAAUGCCCUCGCGGCUCUCCAUGACAAUUCCUUUGGAGGUUCUGUCGUUGCCCAGUCCUCAUCACCGUCCCAAUUCCGUCCCUCUCUAGCUGCAUCUCUUGUAUCUUUAUUACUUUUCACUUUCUUCGGACUAGGUCACUCGUCACACGAGCGGAGUCUGAAAGCGUUGAGUCUGGCGCGCCUGUUGCGCGGUUGGGUUGGCGUACUCACUCGACGUUCGGUGACCCCUUCACGGUCAAUGGACAAUCCGCCGACGUCCAGUACCAACAUCCAUACCAUUGUCAAAGCUCAGAUCGUGUUCCUGCUUUCCACUCUCACCGAGGAAAACUUCGAGAGAAAUCAGCUUGAAAUCCGCUCCUUGUCGGAGCAGCAUGGAAUAGACACCUACCUCCACUUCAUUCGCCGCCUCAUCGUCCACUCUCAAGCGCGUCUAACUUCCGCCACACCUCCCUCGUCAUUCGAACUCGCCAAUUCUUUGACUUUCCGGCUCCUGAUCCAAGAGACGCAACGGCUCGCACGCGACCCCCUUCUCGCCAGUCGAUUCCGAGACAGCAUCGACAAAGGCGAGGGAGAGCUGUUCCGGAAUUUCGAUCUCAUACGAUUCACGGAUCGCGUUACCCUUCGUCCUCUCGAGAAACUCAUCCUCGCCGCCUCCAUCAUCUCCUCCCCCACCCGCAAGGAGCUUGCCAACCAGGCUUCUGCGAUCAUCCGUGCUGAAUUCGACUCUGCUGUCGUCUCCCUUUGCCACACCCCUGCAUUUGAACAGGUCGAUUUGUCUCCCACCCAAGCCGCAAAACUGAUGGCCAACCUCCUCUCCGAUCCUCCCCUCGAAUCACCUGUGCUUGAAGCCGCUCAAAGACAGGCUCUCAUAGUCGCUGGGCAGUCCAAGUAUGGCAAAGACGUCAUUUUCCCGAUGUUGCCACGUAUCAUGCCUACUUUGAGUUUACCGCCCGGCACGACUCUUGUCCAGACCCUUGUACAGCUGGGACCGGAUAUUACCAGCGAUCCAGAUGUCGUUCGGGCUCUCCUGGCACGCUUCAACAUCUCUGACGCAAAUCCACCAAAGGACACCAUGAUCCUGGAAACAUUCUCCGCUUUGUCUCGUUUAGCUUCGGAAGGAACGACUUUGUGUGACGUCGGCGCUCUUGUUCGUGCUUUGAGUAGCUUUCAUGUCCAGCUCAAUUGGGCCAGUGUCAUCAAGUCGUUUGACCGACCUGAUAGACAUGGUGUCGAUACUGCAACCCUGAAGCUGUUGAUCGCCAUCCUGCUCAAUAGCCCUAGGGAAGCGGACCCACACGCUGUCACUGGUUUUUGGACUACGUGGUCGAAUUCUCUAUACCAGCUUCGUCUGCUGGAUGCACUGUUGUCCUUGCCGGGCGACACUUUCAAUUUUGUCAGUCUUCCAGGGAGGCGCAUUGUCACUGUCGAAGAUGUCUCGAUCGCGAGUCCGACCAUCAAGUCGCUCGCAGCGAACGUCCAAGGUCACACCUGGAACUCUUUGGAGCUCUUUGAGGUUCUCGUUCGCCUGGCGGAUUCGGACUCUAUCGAGAUCCGGAAUUGUGUUCGUGAAAUGCUGGAUAAGGCGAUCAAAAUCAGCGCAGAGCUUGUUCAUAUGGGUUUGCUGCAAGUCCCGGACCUUCCUUGGAACGAGAUCCGACGAGAAUACUCACGGCGUCUGCUGGGGAUGUUCCUUGCGGGGCAUCCGAACCACCAACUGGUGUUCAUGCGCAUCUGGCAGAUAGAGCCGUCCUAUUUGACCGAUGCUUUCCGCGACUUCUACGAGGAAAAUCCGCUGAACAUCACUCGCAUUCUGGACGUUGCCCAGGACCUCAAAAUUCUCGAAUCUCUCCUCGAAGUGCGACCGUUCGUGUUUGCUCUUGACGUGGCCGCACUGGCUUCGAGACGGGAAUACCUGAACCUCGACAAGUGGCUGGCUGACAAUGUGGCCCACCAUGGCGCUGAAUUCGUGCACUCUAUCAUCCUAUUCCUCGACCAAAAGAUGGACAGCGAGAAGACGGCUCGACUGUCCGAUCCUCCUGUGGAAAACCGGACCAUGUCUCUGAGCCCGACCACCAUUGCUAUCAUCUUGCGUGUCAUCCGCAACAGUGCAAGCUCGAUGAGCGAGGCGGAUGCCGGUUACUACGUGGAGGUCAAGAAUGCGUGUCUUCAGAUACACCCCCGGCUGGCCAGCAUGCUUCCGAAUCCCGAAACUGAGGCUGGCCUGUCGGUCGUCUCGUACUCUCCCGAGAUCGAGGCCGAGGUUGACAGCAUCUAUCGCCAGAUGUACGACGAGCAGACGACCAUCGACGAUCUCAUUGUUAUGCUCGCCGAAUACAAGGACUCGAAAAACCCGCGCGAACAGGAAAUCUUUUCCUGCAUGCUUCAUUUCCUCUUCGAUGAGUACAAGUUCUUCCAGUCUUAUCCGCCACGCGAGCUGGCCAUGACUGGAUAUCUCUUUGGAUCCUUGAUUCAGCGAAGGCUGAUCGACCAAGUCCCGCUUUUCAUCGCUAUGCGCUACGUCAUCGAUGCGCUCAGUUGUCAUCCGGACUCGAAUCUGUUCCGCUUUGGCCUCACCGCUCUCGGCCGAUUUGAAUCCCGACUUCCCGAAUGGCAGGCCUUCUGCUCUGCUCUGACCCGCAUCCCUCACCUCCUGGAAGCUCGCCCCGAUCUUGUCGCCACUCUCCAGCGGGCACUUGCGGCUGCGGAGGACGGGCUUACCCCCAGCGAUCCUCUCCCAGCCGACAAUCUUGACUCGAUGCCUGUUUUCACUGCAAUCAGACCAGACCAGGUUGAAGGUCAAGUUCAGACUCCGCCAGAAGAGCUCUCUGAUCGGAUCCUCUUCAUCAUCAAUAACCUUGCGCCGAGCAAUUUCGAUGCGAAGCUGGCUGAGAUGAAGGAACACUUUGACGAUGUCUACGCGAGAUGGUUUGCGCACUAUUUGGUUGACCAGCGGAUCAGCACCGAGCCCAACAACCACUCGCUCUACCUGCGGUUCCUCGAUGCGCUGGAUAGGAAGCCUCUUGCCAAGCUCAUUCUGCACGAGACACUCGUCAAGUCGGCAGCUAUGAUCAACUCUGAGCGUUCAGUCUCUUCGGGGUCCGACCGCACGACACUGAAAAACGUCGCCGCUUUUCUCGGUUCUAUCACCCUCGCACGCGAUCGGCCUAUCAAGCACAAACACAUCGCUUUCAAGGAACUUUUGCUCGAGGGGUAUGACAGCGGGAGACUUAUCGUGGCGAUUCCAUUUGUGUGCAAGACCCUCGAGCCAUGCUCUAAAUCGAAGGUUUUCCGGCCCCCAAACCCAUGGCUGAUGGGCAUCGUCAGCUUCCUUGCAGAGCUGUAUCACUUCGCAGAGCUGAAGCUCAAUCUCAAGUUCGAGAUUGAGGUGCUUUGCAAAACUUUGGAGAUUGAUCUGGACGGUGUCGAGGCCACUACCGUCUUGAGAAGCCGGCCUGUUGCGGACGCUGGUCCGCCACUACCCGAGUACGUUGGAGAUAUCGACUCUCUCCCUAUCGACAGCUAUGCAUCGAGCCUUCCGGCUAGCGACAAUCACGUGCUUCCUCUUGGGUCUGCAACGGCUGGAGACAGCUCUCGCGCGAUGGGAGCGCACAUCGAGUCCAUUCUUGCUGCACUCCUGCUGCACAUCCAGAUCAGCUCGCAGCUGGCUCCGAUGAAUGUCAACCCGACAUUCAAACGCGUUGUCACGCUUGCGAUUGACCGAGCUGUUCGCGAGAUCAUCCUUCCCGUCGUUGAGCGAUCGGUCACGAUUGCUGGCAUUUCCACGAGGGAGCUAGUCACCAAGGAUUUCGCUACCGAACCGAGCGAGGAGAAGUUGCGCAAGGCGGGGCAUCUGAUGGCCCAGAAGUUGGCGGGCAGUCUGGCUUUGGUUACGUGCAAGGAGCCGCUCAAAAGUAACAUGGCGACGCACCUGAGACAGUUUUUGUCUGAGAACGGCUACAGCGAGAUCGCCGACACUGUGAUAUUGAUUCUGGUUCAAGACAACUUGGACUUUGCCUGCUCUGCUAUCGAAAAGGCUGCUAUCGAGCGGGCCGUCGCUGAUGUUGAUGAAGCAUUCUCAGCCUCGUUCGAAGUUCGUCGGCGACAUCGCGAGACUCGCCAGACGGUGCCUUUCUGGGAUCCAGCAGCUGUCUCUUCAAGCUUUGCGGUGACGCUUCCUGACCCGUUGCGUGUCAAACCGAACGGCCUGCAGGCCCACCAAGCCAGUGUCUAUGAGGACUUUGGUGCGGUCGAUCAGACGUGGUCCCAGGGAUAUCCCUCGUACGACGACAACGCAGCUCUGGAGUCCAAGCGACUUGUUCCGACCAGUCGACCGAGCUCUUCUGCGUCGUUCGGGCCAGGUCUAUACUCCCAUUCGCCGGCCCUCGAUGCCCCGCGCUAUCUGACGCAUCAAGAAGCGAUGGAGCGUUUCGCGGUUCUCACUGGCGAUUUGGAGGCUGUGCUGUCCUCGGUUCCAGCGCAGAGUGUGCUUACUAACAUUCCUGCUAACCACGAUCUGAGGCAUCUUGUUGGGCAAAUCAUGCAUCUUGCCGCAGAUUCAACCGACCGAACUCGCACACCCCUUCUAAUGUCCCAGAAGAUCGUCCAGCUUCUGUAUAAAUCGCAGUCGCAACUUGGACGAGAAUUGUACGUCGCUUUGCUGGAGCAGCUUUGCCAUGCCUUCGAGGAUGUGGCCAAGGAGGCCAUCACGUGGCUGUUGUAUGCCGAGGACGAGGCAAAUCAGCAGCUUGCGAAAGCGCUGUAUAACGACCCUCGGCCCUCACUUUUGAACUACGCCGCUGCGCUUGUUCGAGAAUGCCUCUCUGCCGAUCCUCCAGUUGCGACCCAGAGUCAAUUCCAGUUCUCGAUCGAAGUGAUGGGCCAACUUGUGCAAACGGGGAAGAGCAGCGAAGAUGUAAGCAGGCUUUUGGACGAUCUGCGUGGAAUCCGUCGUCCGUCUGCUGGGGAAGGCGUCAGUCCUGUGCGGCAACCUUCGGUCAAGCCUGAGACUGAGCAGUUGCGCGAGAAACUGUUCUUGUCUUUCCAGCAAUGGGUCCAGAUCUUCCAGAGAUCUAGUUCGCCCGAGAAGAGUUUCGUGCCGUUCAUUACCCAGCUGACCAAGCACGGGAUCCUCAAAGUGGAAGACCUGUCGUCCUUCUUUUUCAGAGUCUGCGCAGAGUCGAGUGUUAACCACUACGUGAAGAGUGUUGCUAGCGGAGACUUCGACGGCUCGUUCCAGGCGCUCGAUGCGAUGGCGCGAUUGAUUGUGUACAUCAUCAAGUACCACGGCGAUGCGUCUGGUGUCAACAACGAUCAGGCCAAAGUGCAUUAUCUGACCAAGAUUCUGUCGAUCUUCGUGCUCGUGCUUGCCAAUAUGCACGAGGAGCAGGGCUUGUCCUUCCAGCAAAAGCCGUUCUUCCGAUUCUUUUCGAGUCUGAUCAAUGAUCUGCAUUCCAUCGAGACGCAUCUUGGACAAGUCUAUCUUCAAUUGCUGAUCGCGAUCAGUGACACUCUGAGCUCGCUGCAGCCGACCUAUUUCCCGGGUUUUGCGUUCUCGUGGAUGUGUUUGAUUUCGCAUCGCUUGUUUAUGCCGAAGUUGCUGCUGUCGGAGAACCGAGAGGGCUGGGCGGCGUUCCACAAGCUGCUUCUGUCGCUCUUCAAGUUUUUGUCUCCGUUCUUGAAGGAGGUCAAUCUGCAGCUUGCGUCCAAGGAUCUGUAUCGGGGUGCUCUGCGACUUCUCCUGGUCCUUCUGCACGACUUUCCGGAGUUCCUCGCACAGUACUAUUUCAGUCUGUGCGACGCCACUCCAGCGCGAUGCAUCCAGCUGCGGAACAUCAUUCUGAGCGCCUAUCCUCCGACGGUGGUUCUGCCGGAUCCGUACGUCCGGAUCGGGUCACUCGACUCGAUUCCCGAGAUGGGCCCUAUUCCUGCGAUCUUGUCCGAUUUCUCGGCAGUCCUGAAGCUCGGCGACUUGAGCGUGGCUCUCGAGAACUUCUUGCUCGGCCGCGGGGGACCCGCGUUCUUGCCCUCCCUGAAGGCAUCUUUGAGGCUGCCAGGUGUCACGGACACGGCCCCUGAGGGAUACAAUUUGGCGUUGAUCAACUCGCUGGUUAUGUUUACCGGCGUGUCGUCUGUUGCGCAAGCCAAGUCGCGGAGUGGGUCGGCCUUGUUCACCUCCGCUGAUCCGGGAGCAGUCGUUCUGCAUUACUUGGUGACCAAUCUCGAUGACGAAGGCCAGCACCAUAUUCUCAGCGCGGUACUGCUGCAACUGCGGUACCCGAAUGCCCACACGCAUUGGUUCAGCUCUUUGAUCUUGCAUCUGUUCGUGGAAGCGCCGAGCGAACGCUUCCAGGAGAUUCUCACCAAAGUGAUGUUGGAACGCUUCAUUGUGCACCGGCCGCACCCCUGGGGAGCGCUCGUCACGUUCAUCGAGCUGCUGCGCAACCCCAAGUACGACUUUUGGAGCAAGGAUUUCAUCCGGAUUGCGCCCGAGAUAACCAUGUUGUUGGAGAGUGUCCGUAAUACCCCUGCUAUGACAUCCACUGUCAUACUUAUGGAUCUGCUUGUGGUAGGCGAAGGGGGAGGUCCCGAUGAGACGAAUCUCUCGGCAUAUCUAUUGAAGCCAGCUACGUCCAGUUGGGAAGACGGUGCUCUCGCUAUCGAGGCUGGUUCCGGUCAAGGGACUCUGCAGAAGCUGCUCCAGCGCGACUCGGCGUUGCUCGAUGACCCGGAACGGCCCGUGUCGCGUGCCCUCUCCGCCGCGGAGGUGUACUCGUCCAUUCGGGGAUAUCUUAUCACGCAUGCGCAUCUCGACCAUAUCGCCAGUCUGGUGCUGUCUGCGGGGUCUCUGACGGGGCCGCGGAAGCGGAUCUACGCUUCCAAGCAUACACUCGAGGAUCUGGAGGCCUGCGUUUUCUCGGAUCGGCUGUGGCCGAAUCUUGCGUCCUGGAAGGAGGAUGAUGAUGACCAUAUGUUGUUGUACUCUCCACUGGACUUGACGAGCCUCAAGUAUACGACGCUCAUGCCCACGAUAUCCGUGCGGGGCCUGCCGGUCAGUCACGGGCACAACGGCUCUGGGACCUGCGACUCCGCGGCCUACUUCAUCCGACACGACCCAUCUGGACAAGAGCUCCUGUUCUUCGGGGACGUGGAGCCCGACACGGUCUCGGAGUCUCCGCGCACGGCCAACGUGUGGCGCGCUGCUGCGCCCAAGAUCCCUGCGACGCUGUCCGCGAUAUUCAUCGAGUGUUCUUGGCCCUCGGCGAGACCCGACGAUCUGCUGUUCGGGCAUCUGAAGCCAGAACAUCUGGUGCGGGAGCUCGAGGUACUGGCCACGGAGGUCGUGCGGAGCCGCAGCCCGAUCUCUGUGCCUGCUCGGCCACUGCGGAAGAGGCAGCGGACGAAUCCGAGUCUGGAGGGAGCGUUAGAUGGGGUCCGAGUGUAUGUCAUCCAUUGCAAAGACACGCUGGAUGGCUCCGCGGAUCGUCCCAACCAGACCAUUAUCAUUGACCAACUACGUGCUCUGUUGGAUUCGAAGCGAUUGGGAGUAGAGAUCAUCGCUGUGCGCCAGGGCAUGCGCAUCAAGAUCUGAAUCUUUGUUCUGUGAAACUGUGGACAAGUGUAUCAAUAAAUAGCCUUUCUUGUAGCCUUAGCAGUGCGUUUUGCAUUAUUUUCAUUACUAGUCGUUAGAGUCAGAUAUGUACAAGAAAGAAUCCUGGAUGAGCAUUCUGACUAUGUAAAGCAAUGUGGUCCACGAAAGCGAAGACGAGAGCAGGACCAUCAGCGACUCAGGAUCAGGAUGACGCAAACAACUUGACUACGCCGUCGGCACCCGCCGUCGCCAUGAAGGGCAGAGAAGGAUGGAAUUCGACGUCCAGCGCACCUUCGCGGGCCUUUUCCCGGUGCGCUGGAAUCUCCUGAACACACGCCCGAGUUCCGAGCAGAUCCCACAGCCGCACCGAGCAAUCGUGGCUGCCAGACACAAGCGAGAAUCCUGCAGGG